AUGGUUUCCGCCCCGGCCGGAGCUAGACUCUCCGACAUCGGAUUAUCCGGCAACCUGUUGGACUGGGUAACGUCCUUCCUGCUUGGUCGUACCCAGCAGGUAGUCUUCGGCGGGCAGAGGUCUAACACCGCAGAGGUCGUGUCAGGGAUUCCUCAGGGUAGCGUCCUAGGCCCUACCCUCUUUAACAUCUUUAUCGAUGACAUCAUCCGGGUCUUAGGUUGUACGCCCCUUCUUUAUGCCGACGACCUCACCCUCGUGCAGCCAAUCCGUCGCCCCCUCGAUCACCAACUACUCCAAACGGACCUGGACAAUGGUGUCAAACUGGACUGUCGAUUCAGUUUCGGCACUCACAUUGCCGAAGUGAUCUCCCGAGCUCGAAGGAUGCUGGGUUUUGUUACCCGUGUCUCAAGAGGGGCCGGGUCAAGAACACUGAGGCACCUCUACACCGCACUGGUGCUGCCGCACCUUGAGUAUUGUGCCGCAGUCUGGGACCCCCCUCAGGCCACCUUAUUUGCUUCUCUUGAAAGUGUGCAAAGACGUGCCGCGUACACUAUCUUGCGGUGGCAGACCCCUCAUGUCCCCCGGUACCGGGACAUAGCUACGGAUGAUCUGCUGGCACGUGUGGGUUGGAACUCUCUGGCCCUGCGCAGGAAAAUCUCCUCGGUCCGGCUUUUGGCAACCUGCCUCCUGCCAGAGGCUCCCGAGGUUCCUCUUGCUCGGCAGCUGCGGCUGAACCGGAACGGUGGCCUUCAACCACCCUUUCCCCACACUGACCGGCACCGGAAUACCUUCGUCAUCAGGGCAGUAAAUCUGUGGCGGUCCCUGUCAUCAGAGCUGACAGCGGGCCUGAGCGAGAAAGAAGAUAUAAGACCCAUCUGCAGGGGGGCAAUACCGCACUUGCGGUCCUAA